CUUCCUGUGGAUCACUCCGCAUUUCAAAGCGUCUCUUGAAACAAGAACUAGGGUUUGCUUCGAUGUAGCUAAAACUGUACAAGGUUUGGGGAGAAGAAUUGCUUUAACUUAAAUGGGGGCCUUCUUAGACAAGCCCAGGACUGAGAAAGAAACUAAAACAGGCGAGGGAAAUGGUCUCCGCUACGGGCUUGCUGCCAUGCAAGGAUGGCGAGUCGAAAUGGAGGACGCGCACACAGCCGUCAUAGGGCUGUCUGAUCACCUCAAAGAUUGGUCAUUUUUUGCCGUGUUUGAUGGUCAUGCUGGCGAGAAUGUUAGCAAAUACUGUUCAAGUAAUCUUCACGAGACUCUAUUAAAGCACCAAAGUUUUGAGGCAGCUAUCAAAGAGAGCUCAGAUUCGCCCGACUUGGACCAGCUUCGGUCGGGCCUUCGUGAUGCAUUUCUCGAGUUGGAUUCAACCAUGCAGAAGUUACCGAAGUGGUCGUCAGGCGAAGAUAAAAGCGGAUCCACGGCCAUUGCACUUCUAGUAACCCCUAAAUACUACAUAUUUGCUAACUGUGGUGAUUCUAGGGGUAUUUUAAGUCAUAAUGGUGAAGUUAUUUACAACACAGUUGAUCACAAACCAGGCAACCCCGACGAGAAAUCUCGUAUUGAAAAUGCUGGUGGGAGUGUGAUGAUACAACGUGUAAAUGGCGCUCUGGCGGUUUCCAGAGCUUUGGGAGAUUUCGAGUACAAAUUGGACUCAAGUCUACACGCCACGAAACAGCUUGUCUCACCCGAGCCCGACAUUUUCUUCCAAAGUCGCAGUGACCAAGACGAGUUUAUCGUGUUGGCUUGUGAUGGGGUUUGGGAUGUCAUGACGAACGAUGAGGUUGGUGCAUUUGUCCGUUCAAGACUUCAGAUUACAGACGAUCUACAAAGGGUUAGCUGUGAGCUGCUUGAUACAUGCUUGACAAAGGGAAGUCGUGACAACAUGAGUGUCAUCAUCAUUUCCCUACCAGGGUCCCCAAAGGUCACAGAUGAAGCAAUCAAGAACGAACAAAAAGUUGAGGCAGAACUGGAGGCAAAGCUCGAAGCAUUACUAGAAGAGGAGACUAACCUAGCUGAAGUGGAUGUGAGCUAUGCAAUGCAAUCCUUGUCCCAGGAAGAAAUACAGGGAUUGCCACCUGGAGGAGGGCUUGCUUCUAAGGCUGGUUUUAUUCAGGGCAUACUUGAGAAGUUGGUCCAGCAGAAGUGCCCAGAGAACUGCAAAGUUAAUACCCCGGGAGCAAAGAAGGAUGCACAGGGAGCAAAGAAAGAUGCAAAUGGAAAAAGAAACAUGGAACAGUAGAGUAUAGGCAAAAACCUUUCCAUGAUUAAAACAGAUUAAAAGACCUUUAGAUGCUAGUUUUUGAUCUGUAGAGCUAAUAUUUCUAUUGUUGACAUACAUUAGUACUAGAAACAGUCAAUCUGUUAUACAGUUGCCUUAUUUCUGUCAGUCAAGAAGCUUGGAAAAGAACUGAAAUGGCUGUGUAGGACCUAGAUGUGAUAUACUAGUACUGUACAUCUGAUUUUGUUAAUUUGUCUAUUAUCAGAGAUGUCUAUAUACGCUGUAUAUAUACCCUACUGCCUAUACAACUAGACUUUACAUAGAUAGAAGCGCUAUUUGUAUAAUGUAUAUUGCUGGUUGAGAUUGUUCUUGUGACUGUAAUGUCAUAAGGUUUAUAUUUCUUCAAUAGAGCGAAAAGCCUGAAAUUUGAGACUAAAUUGUGAUAAUCACUGACUCACUUUCAACAAGGUGAUAUAUUUUGCUCAAAUAACAUGAUUUCUUUAAAAUGACGAUUCCCAUUUUUUUAUAAAGUGCACAUAAAAGGAGACCAUUCAGUAGACCCUCCCAUUCGGAAGAAAAAAUCAAACGUAAUCUGCUUGGGUACCCUGUGGAAGCUUAUGUACAGGUAGCACGUAUGAAAGUAUUUGGAAGGCAUGAUUAUUAGAGUACCAUAUGGCUGAUUUAGCGAGUGUAUUGUGUGAGAUGUAGUAAUGAUAAUUAGUACAAUGGUGUCUUCAGACGACUUUCUUGAGUUUAUAACCAUCCUGCAAGCGUAAGUCAAAUAGUCGCAUUCUUUUCUGGUAAUCAACAGCAUAACGUAAUAAUCACGCAAUCUACUUGAAUGAAAUUUGUCACAUGGCAGUCAAUCUGUAAAAUGUCUUGAUUGCGUGACAUGACAGUCUUCUUGGUGGCGUGACAUUUUUAAUGUAACACCUGAUCGUUUGAUGUGUGACAUUUUGUUGUCUGACCUUGGUGUGACUGGCGAUCACUGCGUGACGUUUUUGUGUUGUUUGCGUGACUGUUGAUACCAUGUCAGAUUCGUUCUACGAGGACAAAGUUAUCUGCACUUAACGCGCACUAUUGUGCAGCUUUAAACAAUUCGAUAUGACGUACGCUUUGUAAAAACUGAUUAAACAUGGAUUAAACAAACUGGUAAAGGUGA